AUGUUUUCUACGAGUAACAAAUUUUUAAACACGUUAAAUUCAUUCAAAUCCGUAUGUUUAAAUUUAGAAGGAAAUUCAGAUAAAAAAAUUGUAGAAAUAGCCAAACAAUGCACUGACGAAUUUAGUUUAGGUGCAAAAACUUUAACCGUUUUUAAUAAUUAUAUAAAUGGGAUAAACAAAACGUGCACGGAAUUAACUAACGUCGAUGAAAUUAUUAGAUUAGCAUUGAAAAAAGUAAAAGAACCUACGAUUGUAAUACCAUACGAAUUACAAAAUGAUUUUUUGAAAUGUAUCAGUGAAUUAUACAGUAAAUCACAUGAUGAUGAUGAUGAUGAAAAUAAACAGAGUUUAAAAAAUGAUAGAAAAGUUUUAAGUGACAUUAUCGAAUCAAGCCAAGAAAAUUUAAUUCAGAUAAAAGACAUUAUUCAUGUUACCGAAGAUAUGGGAAAGAAGAAUUUAUUAUGA